AUGACCGAGUUGAAGGAGCGCAGGUACCUCAUUCGGAAGCCUCGAGCUCUGCAAUACUUCCACCGCGGCCAGUUUAAGCGAGAGCUUGAGAAAGAGCGGGUGGCUGGGAGGUUUGAGCUGUUCUUGGACUUGCUUUAUGUCGCGAUUAUCGCCAACUUCUCAGACGACCUGACCGGCGAACCAACCGGCGCAAAUCUGGUCAAAUUCAUUCUCAUCUUUGCUCCUGCAUGGCAUGCUUGGGCCGACGCCAAAGAGAAUGCGAACAACUAUUACAAUGACGAUGUCCUCCAGCGCACCGGCGUGCUCUGGAUUAUGGCCCUGCUCGUUGUCUACGGCAACAAUGCUGUCUAUGUUGCCGAAGACCCCGCAGCGAUGCGUCUGACCGUGGCGACGUACAUGGUGCUUCGCUUCUCCCAGAUCUGCUUCUAUGCACUGUACAGCAUUGCCAGCCAUCAUCACCGGACUCAGAACAGGGCGUACUUUCUGAUGAUCUUGGUUGGACUGUGCAUCUGGAUCCCGCUCCUGUUCGAAUCGAUCAGUCUUCGGGCCAAGGCUGGUAUCGCCGUCGUGGGGAUCCUCUACGAGAGGCUCGAGCAGGAGGCUACCUAUGUCCUGACCUUUGGGCCUUGGAUCGCUCGUUGGUUGGGUCUGGAGUAUACCACGGCCGUUGACAUCGACCAUGAAAAUGAUCGCCACGCUGCAUUCACGAUCCUGGUGCUGGGUGAAUUCACGUACGCCAUCCUGGUAGGGUCGCCUGCGGAAGGGGCCAUCACGCUCAAGACCCUCCGAGCCGUCGAGACUCUGAUCAUCGCGUUCUGUUUCAAUUCGAUGUAUGACUACUGCGAUGGUGGUACCGAGAGUACUCACCCCAUUCGUCGCGCCGUCUGGAGUGCGUUCGGUUGGCUCUUGAUCCAUUUACCGCUGUCUGCUGGUCUGAUGGUAGGUGGGCACGUCUGCGCUGCCACCGUUCCCGAGGACGAGCUGAAUGCCGGCCAACGCUGGCUAUGGGGCGGUGGCUUGGGCUUGGGAACAUUCUGUCUGUUCCUGAUCGCCGCCAUGUACAAAGACGAGGACCCCCCUGGGUUUUUGCUACUCUCCAAGGCAUGUCACUCAUUCGAACUUGACAAGCGUGCGCGGACGACUAACAUGUGA